UUCAGUAGCUUGUGUCCAGGUGGCUCAGUGACUCACUCACUCAACGUGAUUUCUGCUAAAGCUUGGGACUUUCUUCCCCACCUUCCCGUAGCUGUUUCUCACAGCUAUAAAUUUAGCCAUUAAGCCACUCUGCUUUCUCUCAGCCAACCCAUUUCAGCUCCAUCUCUCCCUCUCUCCCUUCCUUCUAAUUUAUGCCCAUUUUCUCUGUGAAAAUGGCAAUGCUGGUCUCACUUUUGCUUGCAUUUUCCUUGCUUUUUGCUAGUCGUGCCUUUGCCGUCGUGAAUCCUUCACCUUUGGAAGGACUCUUGAAAAAUGGAAACUUUGAGGAAAAACCAAAGGCAACCAACCUCAAGAAAACGGUGCUCGUUGGAAAAUACGCACUGCCCCAGUGGGAAAUCAAUGGCUUGGUGGAGUACAUCUCAGGUGGACCACAACCUGGUGGAAUGUACUUUGCUGUGGCUCAUGGCGUUCACGCUGUGAGGCUUGGAAACGAAGCCUCAAUCUCACAGAACGUGAAUGUGAAAAUUGGCUCUCUUUAUGCUCUAACUUUUGGUGCAUCAAGAACCUGUGCCCAAGAUGAGGUUUUGAGGGUCUCAGUGCCCUCUCAGUCAGGAGACCUUCCCUUGCAGACACUUUAUAGCAGUAAUGGAGGUGACACUUACGCUUGGGGUUUCAGAGCCGUGUCUAAUGUUGUUAAAGUGACAUUCCUCAAUCCUGGGGUUCAAGAAGAUCCCGCUUGUGGACCUCUUUUGGAUGCUGUUGCCAUUAAGGAACUUCAACCUGUAUAUCCCACAAGAGUUAAUUUGGUCAGAAAUGGGGGCUUUGAAGUGGGUCCUCAUAGGUUAUUCAACUCUUCCCAUGGUGUACUCCUCCCUCCAAAACAGGAAGAUAGCACAUCUCCACUUCCCGGCUGGAUCAUCGAGUCCCUCAAAGCUGUAAAGUUCAUCGAUUCCAAACACUUCAAUGUCCCGUUUGGAUACGCCGCUGUCGAGCUUGUUGCAGGUAGAGAAAGUGCCAUUGCUCAGGUCCUCAGAACAGUUCCCAACAAAUCCUACAAUCUCACAUUCACCAUAGGUGAUGCAAAGAAUGGCUGCCAUGGAUCAAUGGUGGUUGAAGCAUUUGCAGGCAAAGACACCUUAAAAGUUCCUUUUGAAUCCAAAGGUCUAGGAAAAUCCAAGACAGCCAGUUUUAUAUUCAAAGCACUUACCCCAAGAACCAGAAUUACCUUCUACAGCUCAAACUACCAUACUAAGAUUGAUGACUUUGGAGCUCUAUGUGGCCCUAUCCUUGACCAAGUUGUGGUCUUCCCUUUUAGAAAGAUAUAAAAGCUGCAUAGUGUUAGUUAUAGAGCAUUUGCAAGACUUUUGUAAUUUGAUGAUUGGUGAUGCAGAUAUUCCACCUGUUUUGCUUGCCUGAACCAUCUGCACUGCUCUACUUUUCUGUAGUAUUUAUGCCCUUAAACUUUUGUCAUAUGGAAGAGCUUUAUUUUCGAGGAAAAUGUAGCAAGGAACAUAUUGCGUAUGUAGACCAUGCAUUAUCCAAACAGGGGAAAUGAAUAAUUAUUUACCAUUA